CCGCCGGCGCUGCCACUUGGGGGGCUGGCGUGGGGGGGAAACCGUUGCCCGCCCCGGCUGGGAUCCGCGCAGCAGCAGCUUUUGCUUGGUGGAUGCGUAUGAAUGAGUUCUGCACCGAAUGGGCGCAAAAAGCGCCCCAGGUCGGCGGGCUCUAUCUUCCAGAUCAGCAAAACGCCGCUGCACAGCCGGGACUGUGAACGCAGAGGCAGCACUUCAGAAGGCGCCCCCAAGACCCAGAGACUGGCCCUGGAUGACUGCAAGAUGCUUGUCCAGGACUUCAACACCCAGGUGGCUCUGUACCGCGAAUUGGUCAUUUCCAUUGGGGACGUCUCAGUCAGUUGUCCAUCUUUGCGUGCUGAAAUGCACAGAACUCGAACCAAAGGAUGUGAGAUCGCCUACCAGGCACACCAAAAGCUAUCAGCAAUCUCUGGCCCAGAAGAUGGUGAGAUUCAUCCUGAAAUCUGUAGACUAUAUAUCCAGUUGCAGUGUUGCUUAGAAAUGUAUACAACAGAGAUGCUAAAAUCUAUGUGCCUGCUAGGAUCGCUUCAACUUCAUCGGAAAGGGACAGAGACUUCUGCUGCACCCAAGCUCAUAGACAGUAAAACAGAGGAGAGUUCAGAAGUUCCGAUUUUAGAAGACACAUCUUCUUCACCAAUAGACAUCCAACAACAUUUAUGUCAGGUUUCCACGGAUAUUGAAAACACUGAACGGGAUAUGAGAGAAAUGAAAAACCUUUUAAGCAAACUCAGGGAGUCAAUGCCUUUGCCAUUGAAAAAUCAAGAUGAUAGCAGCCUGCUAAACUUGACUCCUUAUCCACUAGUUCGAAGACGGAAGCGGAGAUUCUUUGGACUGUGCUGUCUUGUCUCUAGCUAGAUGACCCAGGACAGAAGUGCACAGAUGACCACAGCCAAUACAAUUUGACCUUUAUUGGGAUAAACCUAAAUGCUCUAAGUGAUUGUGUGUGUUUUCUACACAGCCCUAAUUAUAUUUCUUCCCUCCUUUUCAAGAGUUUUACAGAUUGUUGCUGACGAUAACCAAAUUCAGAAACUAAUUUAACAUUAUUAAAAAUCUUUUUAAACUUUUUUUAAUGGCAUACUGCAUGUCUACUUUAAACCAUUCUGUGAUUAGAUGCAAAUAUUAUAAUUAUUAAAUAAAACAUGCAGAGAUUUUUUUAAUUUAGUGUACAAAUCACGACCAAUUGUGUACAGUAAAAUAGUAUGACUGUAGCUCUUGCUAGUAUGAUGUUAAACUAUUUGAACAUAUUCUAUUAAGCAAUCUUAAUCCAUAGAAAACUAUUUAGAACAGCAAAACUGUACUUAAGUUCUAAAAUGCUAAAAUAAACAGAGCCAAUAUUGUAAGGGAACAUGCACAAACUCUCCUAUUGCUUUUUGUGCUCUCAUUCAUAUUUAGUCUUCCACUCUAUAUCUCAACUUAUACAAGAUCUUCAUAGUACAAUAUCUUAAUUUCUAGUACACAAGCAAGAUAACACUGAUAUGUCGUUACUGUAAAAAUGAGAUAGUUAUAUCUACAUAUUGUAUAAUGCAUAAAAAUAGCUAAUUUACUUUUUAAACCCCCUCCUCUCCCCCCCCC